AUGUACGUCAAUGAAAAUGUUCUGAUGCGAGUACCAGAUUAUAGGCUUAGUAAGACUGAAGAUACAAAUCAAGAUAUAUAUAGUGGCAUGGGAAGUAAAGUAGAAAUUACUGAAAAAAAAGUUCAUGACAGUUACGCUAUUCUCUCUUAUGUUUGGGGUGAUCCCAAAGAGGAAGGUAAUAAACUAUCACCAGAACAAAAAGAAGAAUUAAAUAAUACAACCAACGGUUUAGGAUAUGCAAACGGCGACAAAGACUUAACCCUUUUAGGUUACAAAUCUUGA